UUGAGUUUAAAGUUUUCAUGAUGUAUUCUUCUGGUGUAACUAUUUCUAGUUGGGAUUGUGCAACAGGGGAAUUUCGUAAAAAUGUUUUAUCUAAAUUACAUACGCGUCCAUUGGUACCAAAGGAUAAAGAUAAAGUUGAAAGCAUGGUGACUGAAAUAACUAAACGAUUUUUUGGCCCUGUUGAUGUUUUAACGCUUCUUCAUUUAUCUUAUAUGAGUAUUGGAUUAGAAAAUAAUGAAGAUGAACUUGUUGCGGCUAUGAUUUUGAAUAAUUACCCCAAUAUUGCAAGUAUUCCUCCAUGGGAUUGGAUGUCGUGGAUUUAUAAUCUUUACGGUAUUGAUUAUAUGCAUUCAACAAAUACAUUAUGGGUGCAUUUUACCGAUUAUGUGUUUGAGUUUCAAAAAUAUUUCCUCGAUCCGUUGUUGUCCGGAGUUUUUAAUAGAUACCCAAAUCUGCAAUUUAUCAAUUUCAUUGCUCCACCAUUAAUAAAAUUUACAGAAUGGUUACUUAUCAAAUCCACCGAAAUGAAACCAAAUAAUGAUCCCGAACAAUUAUCAACGUGGCCUCAAAGAUUAUUCGUUUUCACUCGAGAAAAAUUUACUGAUUACUACAGGAUGCGAGCGGCUGUUGUUGAAGACAACGAUGACUUGGUAAGAUUACUUCAAACGCACAGUAAACGUUUAAAAGAUAUUUAUGGAGACUUUUAUAUCGCCGAAAUGUUGAAGAUCGAUCCAACGAGAAAUAUUAUUGUUGCGGAAUGUGAACAGGAUACUGUUGCUGUGAUGUGUUUGAAUUCUACUGUUAAUAUUGAAUUACUUAACGAAGAAUUCGAAUUAGAAGCUUUUAACGCGUUACAAAAACCAAGCUCCAUCGACAAAUUUCGAAGUUUAAUGCCCCAAGGUGAUAUUGAAAAAAAGGAAAGCUCACUUAUUUUAGUGUCGGAUCGCAACUCAAAGAAAACGAAUGUCGAUGGCGAAUCGGACUCUACGUCUUUCACCUACGAUUUAAAUACUGCAGUAGCAACUAUGAGUUUAACAGAUCUGCAAACUCCAUCAUCUUCAGAUGAUGAUAUUGUUAGUGAAGGGGGAGGAUUAUUUGGUCCUAAUGGUAUAACUUACAUCGGGAUGGCGGACCUUAACUUUAGCAGUAGCCAAUUGGAGUAUAACCACGAUAUUCAAGCGGUUUGGACACGAUUUAGAAAAUUGAGAGGAUCUGAACUCCCUUCGCAAGUUUCACAAAAUGACGAUUCGGAUGAAGACUUUACUUCUUCUUAUGGAGGUGAUAGUAAUUGUUUUACUUUGGAAUUGGCGGCGGCUCAUCCAAAACAUGAAUUGUCUUUGAGGAUGUUGCUUAAAGCUAGUUUUGAAUUGUAUCCUAAUAAAGAUUACUGCGUUAUGUCCGUUCCUAGUACGGCCCCACCUUUCGACUUACAAACGGGUAUAUUUGUACGAGUACCUCCUCGACCUAAAUCUACAUUUUCGAGCGAGUUAUAUGUUGUACAUAGAAACGCUUUAUACGGGCGCAUAAGGGUUCGAGAAGCUUUUCAUGGUGACAUACCAUCUGUGGAAAGAUUACUACAAACUUGUUAUACUGGUGAUGAGGUGCUUGAUUGUUUUUUGAAAGUUUUGAAAAAUGUACGAGAUGGAUUACAACGAGCUUUUGUAGUUUUUUCUGAUACAAGUAUUAUCGGUGUAGCGGUUAUAAAAGAUUUAUAUGGAGUAGAAUACAUGAAAUCGCAUUAUAAUAUUUCGCAAUACACAGAUUUAUCGAAGCACAAACCUGGAUGUUUAGGAGAAUUAGAAUUUUUGUGUAUGUCGCCGAUAUUUGUGAAACAUACUCGUAUCGUUUUGGUAGAAUUACACAGAUUAACGGAUUACUCGUUUUUCUGUUAUAAAACAGUCGAACCUAGACCGGGACAUAAAGUUGCAUAUCCAACAGCAUUAAAUUACCUGCUACCGGUUAUACCAAUAAAAAUUCCUCAAUAUAACAUCGAAAAACAAUCAGAUUGUUUAUGGAAAUUAGAUGAAAGUUUAACGAGAAUUGAACUUCCUUACGCUUGCUACAUCUGCACUCCUGUAUAUUGCGGUAUCGAAAGAAUCGAAGUAAACGAUAAAGUGGUUAUUGUAGGAGGUAGUAGCAUAGCAUUAUCUUUUCUCGUUGAAAUGAUAUUCCAACAAGAAUCAAAAUCUUUAGUAACUUUUAAUAAUAUGACUUUAGUAUCGACACAUGGAUUAGAUUAUUGUAAAGAUAACUCGUUAAGAGACGUCAUGCUACCUUUAACCGGCGAAAUAGAUUCUAAAUAUCUCUCUUUAAUUUCAUUACAAACUUAUGUGAAUGUAAUCACGGGAGUUAUGGAAGGUAUAGAUAGGAAAAAGAAAUGCAUAACAGUUAACGCGUCCGAUGUGCCAUAUAGUAUCCUUAUUUUAACAUGUGGGAAACAAUACUCCAUGCCCAGAAGAGAGAAAUUAGAAAGAGACAUUUACGAACAUCCCAACAAUGUUUUUAUAAUAAAUACUGGCGAAGAUGUCGAUAUAGCAGUUAAUAAAUUGACCCGUUAUGUGGCCAGGGGAGGUAAAGGAUCGAUUAUAGUUUACGGCCACACAAUAGAGUCGUAUUGUACCAUACAAGGUCUAUUGAAGAUGGGAAUCUUACCAGAAGAUAUCGUUUUGGUGUUGCCUGCCGAGAAAACUCGCGCGAAUGAGUUUGACUCGACUUUUAACGAUCUAGAUAUUGAAAGAACUAUUAUCGAUCAGGUCAAAUACAUCGGUGUUACAGUUUAUGAAGAUUAUUCGUUUGAAACGUGGAAAUUCGAUUCAAAACACUACAACGUAACGGCGAUUAGUUUUCAAUCAAUGUAUCGAUCCACACAAAUUCCCUGUUUAGCGGCGUUUUUGUAUGUAAAAAAAGACGUUUCUACUAGAACUUUUAAAGCUAUUCAUAAAGCUGGGUUGGUUUACGAUGGAGCUUUGGUUAUUAAGCCAGAUUUUACCACAAAUGAUUCGAAUAUUUACGCAGCUGGUACUUUUACGAAAUAUCCAAGAAGAUAUUACGCAGAUCACAUGUUACACGCUUAUUAUAAUCAAACCGAAAUUGGACAGAAAUUAGCCAAGACAAUUUUGACAAGAUUGCUUUCAUCAAGAGUCGAAUUAAGAGCUAGAUCAGAAGAUAUUUUUGAUAAAUGCCAAAAUCCAAAGCAACUCCUUGUCCCCAGAUUUAAAAAUGCUGUUAAGAUAACCGCUACUUUACCCGGAAAUCUAACAUAUUUUCAUAUUAGAAAACCUGGAUUAAUCGAACCUCAUGCGGUCUCACUUUUAAGAGAUGAUUACGGCACAAUUAUAACAACCGGCGAUUUACAAAAUCUCAAUCGUCGCGGAUACUUUCAAUUACAUCUAAACAAAUCUGAUUUCGUUGAAACGAUAACAUGUUUAAGCAAGUUUAACGUUCAAACAGUUAAUUUAAGUUACGUUUGGGGUAAACACGAACAACUUUUAAACAAUUUAAAACUCCGUUACAAAAAUGGUGAAAUUAAAGAUCUUUAUAAGUUUUUCGCCGCGCCUGCAAUGAUGGCGAUUUAUUGUAGUCAUUUUGAAGAACUCGAGAAAGAAAUUAUGGAUAUCUUGAUGAGUUUUGCUUUACAUAAUGGCGAAUCUGUCAUAGAAGACGUUAUUAGUAUGUUGAACCAAAAUAAUUGGAAAUCGUUAACUGAGAAGCACCACCAAAAUAUGUUAGAUAAAUUUUUUGGAUCUAAUUAUGAAAAGGUUGUCGAAGAAAAAGUUAUGGAAUUUUUAAAAGAAAAUAAAACUAUUUUACCUAUGUAUGGUGAUGCUAACAUGUAUAAUAUGGUUAUUGGGGAGUCUGACACUAGUCCAUUAUUUCGGCAAUUAUAGGAACACAUCAGAAAUAUAUCAUGGAAACUACUUCCUUUUUUUUUAGUGUACGUUAGAAUUAUGUUUUACAAUGAUUUUAUAUUUAUAGAUAUAUUUUGUAUAUUUACUCAACAAGGAAAAACAAAUUAUGUA